AUGCUGCGCGUUUGGAGGCCCUCUGGGGAGGAAGUGGCGAGUUUUCCCAUCUCAAGUUUUCGGGACGUGUAUGAACUGAAGCGGCGUUUGCACAUGCUUCUGGGGGUGCCAAGAAUCCGGCAACGAAUCUUGGAUGGAGGUGCGGUCUUGGAUGACGAUACUCAACUGGCUUCGAUUGCAGAUGUGCAGCUGGUACUGCUUCCUUUAUGCCAAUCUUCUGCGGAGGAUGCAGAACUCUUCAUACAAGCUGUGUUUCGCGACCAUCGUCGUACCGUCUUCGACAUGCUGCGAAGGUGCCACAAUCCAAACAUGACCGCGCGCUUCCGCAACGAGCACCUGUCACCCAUCCAUGCUGCUGCGAAAGCAGGGCACCCAAGCAUGGUGAGUUUAUUAUUGGAGGCUGGGGCGCAGGACAUAUCCGAUACAGGCGACCAGUUGGCUCUUGCUGAUUCUGCUUCACGUGGCACCACCCGUGUACUGCGCUUGUUGUUGGAGGCUGGUGGCGAUGCGGGCCGCGCUCUUCAUGUCGCCUCCGGAGCGGGUCAGCUACAAGUUGUCGAUAUGUUGUUGGAGAAGCAUUGCGACAAAAUAACAACUCAGGCUCAUCGUGCAAGCCUGGUAGCUGCAUCGACCGUCCAUGAUGCUAAAAUCUUGUGGAGGCUGCUGGAGGUUGAUAGGCUCGGCUUCUUUGACUGGGGCUGGGCACUGGCUGUGCUGGCUUCUCUGGCGGGUACAUGGAAGCUCCUUCUUCGCUCUGCCAUUUCUGCAGCUGUGGUCGCUUUGGCGUGCCUUGGGUCCCGUAUAUCUCCGGGUGAAGGAGAUGGCGUCACAGACUGGGUUCUGUCAUACUGCCGCCUUGUGGGUCUUACCACUUUGGUGGUUUGGGCCAUUCCCCUCAAGAUCCUGCUUUUGCUGCUGUGGGGCCAGACAGCCCAGAAGGUAAUCGUGCGAAACUUCAGCUAUCGCUGCAGACGUCGGGUGGAGUUAGUCACCGUUCGCCUUUUUCUGUGUGGGCCAGUCUCGCGGAGUCGAUUUCCUUAG